UUCACUAAAAAAACCUCUGUCAAUCACGUGAUCUGGUUCUGCUCCCAUCCUCUGCCUCAAAAACCACGCGCUCUAUUUCCCUCUCUGAGCUCUCUCUCUCACACACCCCACUCUCACUCUCUCUCUCUACACACUAGUUCCUCUUGUUUCUUUCAUUCCACACGCACUGUUGAUUUUUGCUGGCGACUGGCGUCCUUCAAACUAUUGUUUAAACUCUGCGGGAGGUUUCGCUCCCGAGAUCUGCCUCUGCAAGGCAAGGAAGAUGGGUGUUAUAUCUCGGAAGUUAUUCCCAGCAUGUGAGAGCAUGUGUGUGUGCUGCCCUGCUUUGAGGUCAAGAUCUCGACAACCCGUUAAGCGUUACAAGAAACUGCUUUCAGAGAUCUUCCCCAAAUCCGCUGAUGGUCCUCCAAAUGAAAGGAAAAUUGUGAAGUUAUGUGAAUAUGCUGCAAAAAACCCUUUCAGAAUCCCAAAGAUUGCAAAAUAUCUUGAAGAAAGGUGCUAUAAAGAACUGCGCUGCGAGCACAUUAAAUUCAUCAACGUAGUCAUGGAGGCUUACAAUAAGUUGCUUUGCAUGUGUAAGGUGCAAAUGGCAUAUUUUGCUGUCAAUCUGCUGAAUGUAGUUAAUGAACUAUUGAACAACUCUAAACGAGAUGCUGUGCAGAUGGUGGGAUGCCAAACUUUAACUAGGUUCAUUUAUAGUCAGGUUGAUGGAACUUACACAUAUAAUAUUGAAAGUUUGGUUCAGAAAGUAUGUAUUCUAGCUCGCGAGACUGGGGAAGAACACCAAAAGCGCUGCUUAAGGGCGUCAAGUUUGCAGUGCCUUUCAGCCAUGGUGUGGUUUAUGGCUGAGUUUUCUCACAUUUUUGUUGAUUUUGAUGAGAUCGUUCACGUCAUUUUAGAUAACUGUGACCCAGAUACAUAUAAUGAGCAUGAUGCUGAAAGAGGGGAGCCCCAUCAUAACUGGGUGGAUGAAGUGGUUAGAUGUGAAGGAAGAGGUGGUGCUGGUGUUGGUUGUGAAAUUAGCUCUCGCUGUAUGGUCAUCAAGCCAUGUCCAGAAAAGAAAGAUCCUUCUCUUUUAACAAGAGAAGAGAUUGAGACACCAAAAGUAUGGGCACAAAUAUGCAUCCAAAGGUUGGUUGAACUGGGCAAGGAGAGUUCAACGCUGCGCAGGGUUGUGGAUCCAAUGUUCGCCUACUUUGAUACUGGACGGCACUGGGUUCCUCCACAUGGGUUGGCCCUAAUGGUUCUAUCAGAUAUGUUAUAUUUCAUGGAGUCUCCUGGGAAUCAACAAUUGAUUUUAGCUGCCGUCAUUCGCCAUUUGGAUCAUAAAAGUAUUACUCAUGAUCCCCAAACUAAAUCUCAUGUAAUCCAAACUGCUACUGCUAUGACGCGGCAAAUUAGAUCUGGAGCUGUACUUUCAGAAAAUGGAUUUGUCAGUGACCUUUGCAGGCAUUUGAGAAAAAGUCUUCAGGGAACAAUUGAAUCUCUUGGAGUGCAAGAAUCAAAUAUCAAUCUCUCUCUCCAAAAUUCAAUUGAAGAUUGCUUAUUAGAAUUUGCCAAAGGGGUUGCAGAUACACGACCAUUAUUUGACUUGAUGGCGAUAACACUGGAGAUGCUGCCUUCUGUUGGAGGUGUUGUCAAGGCAACCAUUGGAUCCUUGAUAAUUCUUGCUCAUAUGAUCUCAUUAGCAUCAAUCUCUUCACAGUCACAGCUGGUGUUUCCAGAGGCACUUUUGGUUCAACUUUUGAAAGUCAUGUUGCAUCCGGGUGUUGAGGCACGUGUUGGAGCACACCAGAUAUUUUCUGUUCUUCUCAUCCCAAAUUCCGAUUGCCGAAGACAUGAUGUUUCCAACCAUCCGAGGAGAUGGCAUUCCGAUACUGCAUCUGCAUCUGCAUCUGCAUUUGCUUCAAUUACAGCUCUACUUGAAAAACUUCAGCGAGAAAAGGAUGGAACUAAAGUAGAAAAGAAUGGGAUUAAUGUUCAUAAUGAUUUGAAGGAAAGAGACACUGCAGAAGAAGAACUGAGGCAGGGGACAGCUCACAAAACUUCCCCCAAUUUUUACAAAAUAAGAUCUAUUAUUGACAGGACAGCUGGGUCAACCAACUUGGGAGAGGCUGAACCAUGUAUCAUGAAGUUUAAUGAGGACCAAGUGGCCCAAUUACUGUCUGCCUUCUGGAUGCAAGCCAAUCUUCCAGACAACUUACCUUCAAACAUUGAAGCUAUUGCACAUUCCUUUUGCUUAACACUUAUCUCAUCACGCCUUACGAACCAUAAUGUCAAUCUAGUGGUCCGUUUCUUUCAGCUUCCUGUGUCACUUAGGAAUAUGUCAUUGGACUCUAGCAAUGGGAUAUUUCCUCCAGCAUACCAGAGAUCAGUUCUUGUAUUAUCAACCGCGAUGUUAAUGUUUGCAGCAAAGAUAUAUCAGAUUCCCGAAUUAAAUGAUUUGCUCUGGUCACUAGUUGAAUAUGAUGUUGAUCCAUACAUUGGCAUUGGUGAUGACUUUCAAGUAUAUGUGAAACCUCAUGCGGAUCUGAGAGAAUAUGGUUUUGCCAGUGACAAUCAAGUGGCUACCUCUUUACUCUCUGAGCUCCGGAGCAAAAUAUAUGAAUCUAACAACAUAAUGCUGGAUGUUUUAGUUCAAAGUUUAUCUGGCAUUAUUGAGCUGGAGGCGGAUAACAUACGGAAGCAACUGUCAGAAGCAUUCACACCUGAUGAUGCAUUCAUGUUUGGUCCACAAUCAAUACUGGACUUGAAUGACCUUCAGACAACUGGACAUUCAAAGGAGACUCUUUCAUUUGACGGGGAAUUUCAAGCAAAUUCAUUGGUUGAGGAUGAUAUUUUGAGUGAAUCCUCUGUUGCUGACUUCUCCCGUUUCAUCCCAAAAAUGCCAACAUCCCCUUCCAUGUCUCACAUUAUUAGCAUUGGGCAGCUUCUGGAAUCGGCGCUGGAGGUAGCUGGUCAAGUGGCUGGAACAUCUGUCUCAACUUCACCUCUUCCAUACAGUGCCAUGGCUAACCAGUGUGAGGCUCUUGGCACGGGCACAAGGAAGAAGCUCUCUAGUUGGUUAAUUCACGAGAAUCAUCACUCAGGAACGGCAGACAGGUCAUUUCCGGCACUUCCUGCUGACAGGCUAUCAGCAGUCAGGAAGAUAACCACUGAAGGAGGGCCUAGUCAAGGUGUGCUGCCGCCGAUGGAUCCAUGGUUGGCUCUUAGGCUUCCUCCGGCCAGUCCUUUUGACAAUUUCAUCAGAGCAGCUAGGAGUUAGAAGAAGAGAUUGUGUGUGCAGUCUCUAUUUCUGUGAUCUAACUUGUAAAGUUUAGGCAGUGGUUAGGAUUCGUAGCUCAGUAGUUGGUGUAACUUGAUCAAGAUUCAAGGGCUUCCAUGCUUCUUGCAUCGAUGUAUGCUCUGUAUUUUUAUUGUACUAGGAAUUGCUUUCCGCAGUAGUAUUAUUUGGAUCUCUCA